AUGAUUCCUGAGCGACUGCAUCAGGACUGCAAAGGGCUUGUCCUGCUGGGAGUUCUCCUGGGGAUUCUGUGGGAAACCGGAUGCGCCCAAAUUCACUAUUCGGUUCCUGAGGAGCUGGAGAAAGGCUCUAGGGUGGGAAACAUCGCCAAAGACCUGGGGUUGGAGCCCCAGGAACUAGAAGAGCGCGGAGUCCGUAUAGUCUCCAGAGGUAGGACUCAACUUUUCGCUCUGAACCUUCGAAGUGGCAGCCUAAUCUCCGCAGGCAGGAUAGACCGGGAAGAGCUCUGUAUGGGCGUCUUAAAGUGUCAAUUAAAUCUGGAGAUUCUGUUGGAGGAUAAAGUAAAAAUAUAUGGGGUAGUGGUAGAAGUGAGAGACAUUAACGAUAAUGCCCCCUAUUUCCGGGAAGAUGAAUUGGAAAUAAAAGUGAGUGAAAACGCAGCCACUGGGUUGCGGUUCCCUCUUCCCCACGCUUGGGAUCUGGAUAUCGGGAAGAACUCUCUCCAGAGCUAUGGACUCAGUAGUAAUAUUCAUUUCUCCCUGGACGUGCAAAGCGGAGCGGAUGGUAACAAGUACCCAGAAUUGGUUUUGGAGCGCGCCUUGGACCGGGAGCAGAAGGCUGUUCAUCACCUUGUUCUCACCGCCUCCGAUGGGGGUGACCCAGUCCGCACAGGCACCGCGCGCAUCCAUGUGAUGGUAGUUGAUGUGAAUGACAAUGCACCAGUAUUUGCUCAGUCUGAGUACCGCGUAAGCGUUCCAGAGAAUGUGGCCAUAGGCACUAAGCUGCUUCUGGUAAGGGCCACCGACCCUGAUGAAGGAGCCAAUGCGGAAGUGAUAUAUUCCUUCCGUUAUGUGGACAACAAGGCAGCCCAAGUUUUCAAACUAGAUGCUAAUUUAGGGACAAUUUCAACAAUAGGGGAGCUGAACCAUGAGAAAUCAGAAUCCUACGAGAUGGAAGUGCAAGCAGUUGAUAACGCAGGGUAUUCUGCACGAGCCAAAGUCUUGAUCACAGUAUUGGAUGUGAAUGAUAACGCCCCUGAAGUAGUUGUCACCUCUCUCUCCAGCUCCAUUCUGGAAAACUCUCCCAGAGGGACAUUAAUUGCCCUUUUAAAUGUAAAUGAUCAAGACUCUGGGGAAAAUGGACAAGUGAUCUGUUUCAUCCGAGGGAACCUGCCAUUUACAUUAGAAAAGUCUUAUGGAAAUUACUAUAGUUUAGUGACAGACGCGCUCCUAGACCGGGAACAGGUUCCUAGCUACAACAUCACGGUGACCGCCAGUGACAGAGGAAGUCCGCCCCUGUCCACGGAAACUCAUAUCUCACUGAAAGUAGCAGACACCAACGACAACCCGCCCGCCUUCUCUGACGCUUUCUACUCCGCCUAUAUCGUGGAGAACAACCCUAGAGGAGCCUCCGUAAUGUCCGUGACCGCCUAUGACCCCGACUAUGGAGUGAACGCCCAGGUCACUUACUCACUGGCCGAGGACAGCCUUCCCGGACGGCCCAUAUCCUCCUACAUCUCCAUCAACUCCAACACUGGUGUUCUGUAUGUGCUGCAUUCCUUCGACUAUGAGCAGUUCCAAGACUUGCAUCUGCAAGUGAUAGCACAGGACAGCGGUGACCCUCCGCUCAGCAGCAACGUGUCUCUGAACCUGUUCGUGGUGGACCAAAAUGACAACGCGCCAGAGAUCCUGUACCCCACCAUCCCCACCGAUGGUUCCACUGGUGUGGAGCUGGCACCCCGCUCCGCAGAGCCUGGCUACCUGGUCACCAAGGUGGUGGCGGUGGACAGAGACUCUGGCCAGAACGCCUGGCUGUCCUACCGUCUGCUCAAGGCGAGCGAGCCAGGGCUCUUCGCGGUGGGGUUGCACACGGGCGAGGUGCGCACGGCGCGGGCCCUGCUGGACAGAGACGCGCUCAAGCAGAGCCUGGUGGUGGCGGUGCAGGACCACGGCCAGCCCCCUCUCUCGGCCACCGUCACGCUCACCGUGGCCGUGGCCGACAGCAUCCCAGCCGUCCUGGCCGACCUGGGCAGCAUGAGGACCCCCGCCGACCCAGACGAUUCGGACCUCACGCUGUAUCUGGUGGUGGCGGUGGCGGCAGUCUCGUGCGUCUUCCUGGCCUUUGUCAUCGUGCUGCUGGCGCUCAGGCUGAGGCGCUGGCACGCGUCGCGUCUGCUCCAGGCUUCGGGAGGCGGGCUGGUGGGCAUGCCGGCCUCGCACUUUGUGGGCGUGGACGGGGUGCGGGCUUUCCUGCAGACCUAUUCCCACGAGGUCUCCCUGACCGCGGACUCGUGCGAGAGUCACGUGAUCUUCCCCCAGCCCAACUACGCGGACACGCUCCUCAGCCAGGAGAGCUGUGGGAAAAGCGAGCCUCUUUUGCUGUCAGGUAGUUCAGCAUUCUCUAAAGAUAGUCAUGCAUUAAUUCAGGUGAGUACAUAUCAAAUAUUCUUCUCUGGGUUUUGA